UGCAAGGACUGCUGCUGGAUUUCCCAAAGCCAUUUCCUGAAACCCAGUCUGAGCCGGCUCCAGGGUAGGGACCUGGGAGCCCAGGGCGGAAAAAGGCUCCCCAGGCACCCUCCAGAGCUCCGGUAGCCACAUUUGCAGCCUCGUCUGUCUGUCCAGAACCUGCUCCCAGGCUGACAGUGAGCUGCGAGAUGGGCUCUGAGCUGGAGACGGCAAUGGAGACUCUCAUCAAUGUGUUCCACGCCCACUCGGGCAAGGAGGGGGACAAGUACAAGCUGAGCAAGAAGGAGCUGAAAGAGCUGCUGCAGACGGAGCUCUCCGGCUUCCUGGACGCCCAAAAGGAUGCGGAUGCUGUGGACAAGGUGAUGAAGGAGUUAGAUGAGAAUGGAGAUGGAGAGGUGGACUUCCAGGAGUAUGUGGUGCUGGUAGCUGCCCUCACAGUGGCCUGUAACAACUUCUUCUGGGAGAACAGUUGAGCAGACGGCCCCAGUGGGCAGCGCCCUUCGCCUCCACCCUACCAUACCUGCCCCUUCACCCUGCUUCCCCCUCACCCCACUUUUUCCUCCCCACCAACAAGGGCGCAAGAGUAGUGGGCCAGGCCUGCAACUCAUCUUUCAUUAAAGGCUCCUCUCUCACCA